ACGUCGCUGCCAACGCUUGGCAGCUUACACUCUUUCGAACCCACUUGUUUACUUUCGCUUCUUAGUCCUUUCACUUCUCACACAAACACUUCACUUUUUCUCUUAUGGCGGACACUCAAGACGUGAAGGCACAGCUCAGUGCUUUCCGGCUACGACCAAAGAAGGCACAAUCCCCUGCCUCUUCCCCAAUGUCACCCAGUUUUUCGUUCCCCUCGAUCACCCCAAGCCAUUCGAAUUCGAGCAUGAAAUCCACGAACUCGACUUCUUCAACAUCUUCCACAAGAGUAUCUUCAGCUAGCUCCGUUGCUUCGUCCCCCGAAUUGCCUCUCCCUCCCAAAAGCAGACCGCAUUCCCAUCACAAGCGUAAAUCGUCUGUGUCGACCCGCCGUGAAUCCAGCGAGAUUAUGGGUGUCCCCUGCCCAGAAGAGAGUGAAGAAGACUCCCGAGAUGAAAUCCGAAAACGUGCUCUACUUGCACUUGAGGGCAGAAGUGUUGUAGCGGGUUUCGCAAAGGUUGAGAUUCCUGAUUGGAUCAGCCCAACUUCUGACAAUAAGGCUUUCGAAAAGGAAACCGGUGAGUGACCUGCCAUCUGUUGCACAUCGUUUCCUGUGUCUGACCAGUUGAUUAUUUCAGUGAAAGUUCCACCGCUGGGCAUCAGCUCCUUGCUCGGCAAGCGCGAUAGUUUUGGCCGCAACCUCGUGAAUUCUUCCACUUCCAAGGCUGAACUGCACACCCUCGUUG